UCAGCAGCCGCUACGCCUUUGACGGAGAUCUCCGAUGCGAGCCCUCAGCCCACCGUUACCAGCUCGGAACGCGGCGGGGCCGCACACGGUUAGAGUCCAGGAUGAGUUAUGCAGAAAAACCUGAUGAAAUCACGAAAGAUGAAUGGAUGGAAAAACUUAAUAACUUGCAUAUCCAGAGAGCAGACAUGAACCGCCUUAUCAUGAACUACCUUGUCACAGAGGGCUUUAAAGAAGCAGCAGAGAAAUUCCGGAUGGAGUCUGGAAUUGAACCCAGUGUUGAUUUAGAGACUCUGGAUGAAAGAAUAAAGAUCCGCGAGAUGAUAUUGAAAGGACAGAUCCAGGAAGCCAUUGCAUUGAUAAACAGCCUCCAUCCAGAACUGCUGGAUACAAACAGAUAUCUCUACUUUCACUUGCAGCAACAGCACUUGAUUGAACUGAUUCGGCAGCGCGAGACGGAGGCAGCUCUGGAAUUUGCUCAGACCCAAUUAGCAGAACAAGGGGAGGAGAGCAGGGAAUGCCUGACAGAAAUGGAGCGCACGCUGGCCCUGCUUGCCUUUGAUAAUCCCGAGGAGUCACCGUUUGGAGACUUGCUUAACAUGAUGCAGCGGCAGAAGGUGUGGAGUGAGGUUAAUCAAGCUGUUCUAGACUAUGAAAAUCGUGAAUCAACACCCAAGUUGGCGAAAUUACUGAAACUACUACUGUGGGCUCAGAAUGAGCUGGACCAGAAGAAAGUGAAAUACCCCAAAAUGACAGACCUCAGCAAGGGGACGAUCGAAGAGCCCAAGUAAAAUGUGUGCAGAUGGACAUCAAACAAUCUUAGUACUGCACAGUAUACAUUUAUAUCAGUCUGUGACUGAAAUAUUUUUACUACAGUACAGCACUCAAUUCAGAUUUUUCAAUGAACAUCUAAUUUGAAGGGAGAAAAGUCCCUUUUAAAUGCUGCAAAAACUGCAUUGAAAGGCGCUGUAUCUCUUUGAAAGUCUGACUUAGGCUAUGCACUAUAAUACAUUUUUAAAAAAACCAAUUAAACAGGACAGGAAAAAUAGCAUUUUUAAAAGUACAGAACUCAAGCUUUCUAAUUGGCUGCUGAUGCCUAGUUUAGUGGCCAGUGAGUUAAUAUGGAGUUAUAUUGGCAACUGUUCGGUUCAGUUUAACUGUCUCCUGUUUGAAAUGUGUAUAUAGAACAGUGAAUAUUUUCUACCUGUAAGUUAUAGCCAGAUAUACAUUCCCCUUAAAAGUAACUGGUCAAGUUUUCAUCUAUAAACUUCGCAGUAAGGUCAACAUUUUGCUUAGGAAAUAGUGUACAGACUUGUAAAUCAUAAUUUAAGGACUUUAGGUUUUUGGGUUUUUUUCUUCCUUGUUUCUGACUUCUUGGUGCUUUAUAUGGUGAGAGCUAUGUUCAUAAUGGAUCAGUGACCCAUCUUUUCAGGAGGAGUAUUGAUGGAAAUAAGUUUGUUUUUCUUAAUUUUCAUGAAUGACCAAAAUGGCCCCAGAGGCGUUGGAGGGUUUUUGUUAACAGGGGCCUUUCCCCCACAUGUCACAUUUGCAGUUGUAGACACUGCAGUGGUUCCAGGUGGCUGAUACAGCUUUGAAGGCCACUGGAUGUCUGUAGGAUGAAAGACUUGUGUUGGGAAAUCAAGUGGUGGGGAGAGAUGCUUGUUGAAGCCUCUGAUGCAUCAUCUUGUGCAGGAUCUGCCUUCAUGCUUGCUGAAUUGUAGUUUUAGAGCUACUUGGGCUGUAUUUAUGCCUUGAGCUGAGCAGAGCAGGGCUGUCUAAUACCAGAAAUUUCCGUUUUCUCACUUCUUCCAUACCUUUCUGAAGAGAUGCAGUUCAUCUUCGUCUGUAUUCGUUUACUGACUGUCCUCACUCCAGUUAGAAUUAUAGUUUUAAUGUUUUCCAUGUGAAGUCCAGACUUUCAAGUCAGCAAAUUGUAAUCUUCUGGGUAUGGGAUGUUCUGGUCGACUGAUGGCAGCGCUGCACACUGGUUUGUACCCAGUGGUGGGAAGCACUAAUCUUGCCAAAUCUAUCUCUAGAUUUUUAGGUCUGUAUAUCAAGUUUUGCUGAGCAAAGAGCGAGCUGAUGAGUGAAACAGCUUAACAUCAUGAGACACUGGCAGUUGUCACACCAGUCCCAUACUGUACAUAAUCUAGUCUUGUAUGGUAGGUAUUACCCUGUAGAAUGAAACUUAGUUUUCACUUAAUUUUACUGGAAUACUUAACGCAUUAAACUGUAUAAAGCUUUGCAGAUACACCUGGCUUAAGGGAACUAACAAAACCUGUUACUGAUUGCAUUACUGUGAACACUGUUUACUUGUGUAGCUAUUUUUUUGGGGGAAGCCAUUGUUUGUUAAGCAGCUAUGAGAGAUGCAGAGCACCAAGGUUAAGCGAGAUGAUGGAUGCAACAAAAUCGUUUGUUCCCAUUGCUUAUUGAUCGUUCUGUUCUCCACUUUGAGGCAUUUGUGGUAUGGAGGUCUUAAAGUUUAUAUGUAACAAACAAGCUUAUCAGUAGCCCCCCAACUACAGCAGCAGCCUGGCUUUCCUUCACCCAGGCUGGUUAUUCUAACACCAAACUUUUAACAGUUGUGGGUUUGGUUGUUUUGGUUUUUUAUUUUUAAUUUUUUUUUUUCUUUUUGAAGUCGGUUGAUGUCUGAAAACCAUGUAUAACUUUUAGUUUGUGAGAAACUGUAUGGUUAACGUAACCUUGUUUAAUAACAAACUGCAGAAACAAAACUGGAAUAGCUCUCAUUCCUUCACAUAGAACUGAUCAGCUUUUCCUCUGUUCUGACACUUUUGUGUUGUCGAGUCUCAUGUCAAGCUUCUCCCGGGUGAAGUGGAAAGUGGUGCGGUUUUGUGGCAUGACUAGCAUUUUUCUCCAUGAGAAAUGCAGUAUUACAGCCCUGGGUGAGAAGUUCACUGUACUCCUAGAACGCUAAGUUAAUUCCAUAGAAUAUUUGGGCAGUGAUUGAGUGUAGAUUUACUUGAAUUUUCACUAGCUUGUUGGGUUUUUUUCCAUUAAAAAAUAAACACGUUUUUUAAGGGGGUUUAAUAUAAAAUUAGUCUAGAACUAUUUCACUUUGUUUUUAUGAACAUGCCACAUUGAUAAGCAGCUUUAAUCUGUAAAGUUUUUGGUAACUGCAAGAAGAUAUUCGAAAGCUAUGCAUUUUAGAGAAAGCAUAAAGGUAGUGAUAUUGGUACUUCUAAGGAUCUUUAUAUUAGUGUAUAUAAAAUAGUUUGCAUAUACAAAUAUAAUAUAUAAUCUGUUUGAAAUAUUCUUGAAUGGUAGGGGCUGUGAAACAUAUUAUAAUUUAUGGAAAUAUUGUACACAGUAAACAGACGUCUCAGUACACGAAUGAACUUUUGUCAUAUGCAUGAGAAGUGUCUUAUUUGGUGACUACUAAUGAAUGGGCUUUUGUUAACCCAUUUUUGUUAGAUAACCACUUUAACAAAUAUUAUUAAAUGCCACUUUGAUCAGU